AUGUCAUUCCUUCUCAACUACGCCUUUGGGCAACAACCCGCUCCAAAGCGCAUACCAACGGAUACAGUCAUACCGAUGAAUAGCCAUGAUGAUAGAAGUGAAAACAAAAACAUUACGGUAGAGCUCACUUUGCGGUUCGACGAUGUUCUCGAUGCCCAGAAGCUCGCUGAUGCACUUUGGAAAUUGCUCGAGAAGCCCCGUUGGAAAAGACUGGGAGCACGACUACGGAUAAACAGCAAAACCGGACGACUUGAGAAUCAUGUUCCGGCCCAGUAUACAAAGGAUCGUCCACCAAUUGAUUACACCCAAAAGACAUAUGAUAUGAAACUACAGGAACAUGCCGUCUGGAGCAGAUUCCCCAAGGUCAAAGACAAUGAUUGUAUACAAUCAUUUGAAAACUUACCUCUGACAAGUGAGCUUACACCGCCAGAGGGCGGUCCAAAAGUGCUUGAAUACUGGACUCACAGCGACAAGGCAUUGUUGGGGUUAGACAUAGCCAAUUUCCAAGAUGCGACAUUGGUCACGGUGACGUGGCUGCAUACGCUAAUGGAUGCCUUGGGACUCCAUACGCUGUUGCAGGCAUGGAUCGCGGUCCUAGAAGGAAGGGAUGAAGAUGUGCCAGAACUCUGGGACUACGAUGUUGACUAUUUAGAGGAGCUUGGCACGCUUCCGAGUGAAGAAGAAGACGAAAAGAAACCAAAUUUGGUGUGGACGGCGGCAUCAUGUGUCAAGGACUGGAUAUCGAGGCUUCCAAGAUUACCGAGCUUCAAGCUCAUUCUUGCUAUCCUUCACUGGCGCAUAUUCCAAACCCCCAAGGCACAAUGCGACCGCAAAAUGUAUAUACCAGCGUCAUCCCUCGCCCGAAUACGCAAAGAAGCAAUGAGCGACCUCGCCUCACUCGACCCUUCACAGAUAACCUACAACACCUCUGCUCCUCCCAAAACCACACCGUUCCUCUCAGACGGCGAUAUCAUCACCGCAUGGCUGAUGCGGCACCUUGUAACCUCGGACCACGACCUGCCACACUACCCUCCCACCCGCCCAAUCCUCUUUCUCAACGUGCUCGAAAUGCGCGACGUACUCAGCGAAGCCACGGGAAAAUACAAAGUCCUGAUCCCCAAAAACACCGCAUACAUCGGAAACGCCACGGCCGCUCUCUUCAGCCACUUUACGCUAAGGAGCUUCCUCGGGCUCCCGCUCGGCCACAUAGCUGCCAAAAUCCGCAAAGAUGUCGUCGACCAGGGCAACCGCGAGGCGCUCGAAGCUGCGCACCGCAACCUGCGCCGCGGUCGCUACGACCACAUACUGCCGCCCGGCACGACGAUGAUUCCCAAGGUCAUCGUCAUGACCAACUGGAACAAAGCGAGGUUUUUUGAAACAGACUUUUCGGCUGCACUUGUGCAUAGUGGGAGCGAGGGGAGUGAUGAAGGAAAGAAGAGGGGGAGGCCAACGUAUUGCCAUACUAAUGGGAUAUUUCGGCGCCUGAGUGACUGGGCGUCUUUGGCGCACAUGACGAAUGUGGUGGGGAGGGAUGCGAAGGGUGGGUAUUGGGUUACUGCAUCGAUGUCGAAGGAUUCGGAAGAGAGGUUUAUGAAGGUUAUUGUGGAUGGUUGA